AUGUUCAAACGGCUGAAUAAAACCACCCAAAUGGCCUCAGCGCCCCCCCAAUUAACACCGGCUCAGAAACUGAAACAGGAGAAAAUCCGUGCGGAUUUGCAAAAGGAGCUUGAUAAUGUUGUGAAGGCUGCUAUAGCUUCUCCGCACUCGAAAAGGGAGAAUGUGCCGAGCGAAAUCACCCAAAAUCUGUGCAAUUCGAUCGAAGCAAUCUUCAUUCACGGACUACGAGACCCAUUUUUCUUAAAAGGAACAAGAUAUGCCAAAUAUCCAGAGCCAAAUUUCUGGCCAUUUGUCUCGAAAUUCUCGCAUCGAUCGAUAACCAGCCAAAUCGCUUGCCUCGGACAAAUUCGGAGUGAAAUUGGAAAAAGCCGGGCCUGGAUUCGAAUUGUGUUGAAUGAAAAUGCACUGGGACAGUAUUUAGAUCUACUGGCCGCUGAGGCGACUGCUAUUCAACAAUUCUACUCUGACGACGCAUUUCUCCGGCUUCUCUCCGAUGGAGAUCAAUCAGAACGAAUCCGUGGCCUACUAAAACCCCUCAGCUCACUUCCAAUAUCUGCAGCAACUAAUUCAUCAUUUCUUAACACUUGGACACCAACUCCAUUAAUUUUAGCCGGUCUAAUGGAUGGUCAACCACUAAAAGUUGGCACUUUAAAAGCUCGUCCCAACCCGAAACCGGCUCAUUUAACAGAGGAAAUUGCGAUUCCGGCGAUUGAUGCUCUUGUGCCGGAGGAAGAUCAUGAUAUUGGAUCACCAUCUUAUUUAGAAAAAAGGAGACGUAGAGCCUUGAGUAGGCCUAUUAGAAAAUCCGAAAACGACGAUCACUCGGACUGUUCCUCUGUCUAUUCCCAUCCAUCAAUGCUAGAUUCCGGUGAAAUGUCCUACCAACACGCUGUGCUCGGCGGGCUUAAAGGAUCCUCGUCGAGCUCAAUGCGACGAGUCGCCUCGAAUCAGAAGAUCCAACUUCCCCAGUCACCACUAUUCUCGUCAACUCCAGUCGACUCGACGAUCCUCGAUCAAGUAAAGAUCGGAAAGGCGAAUAGUCGAUUGGAUUUCGUGCAAACUGUGUCGGAUGUGGCUCCGGAUGCUCCGCCAGGCUAUCAGCCACUAGUUAUAUCCAGAAGGAUUCGGCGGCCCUCGAAACAGAAGUCAAAUUCAAGAAGUUCCAGUGAAUCGGCUUCCAGGGAUAGUCGGCGUGUUACAGAAGCCAUUUCGACACGGGAUUCCAGGGCGAAUAGUGAUUUGCCCUCCACAAUCUUCGGAACCGUCCCAAAUGACGUGGCAUUCUCACCGGAUGACGAGCUGCUUCAGCUUCAAUCCAAGCCUAUUUCCACGACAAUUGACAGUGGAAUUGCUGAAAUGACGUCAUCAUCGGCUGCCGGAACCCGUACAGCUUCAGAAGUGGAGCCAGAAGGAGAGCUCCAAGUUGAGCGUUCCGUCUCGUUUUUGGAAGCUCUUCACGAGUUGGCUGGAGCUAGAGGAGCUAGAGACGGCGCGGAGGAAGAAGCCAUUCCACCACCCAGAAGCCUAUCGCUUACCGAUGAUUUUUUGGGGAAAAAUGAGGAAAAAUCGGAGCAUGAGGAUGAGGAUCGAGAGAUUUUUGAUGUAUCAAUGGACCCCGUCGAAGGCACUUCCAUAACGAUUUUGGCGCCAAAUCCACCCACCGGAGAGCUUAAUCGGAGCCAACCAAUGUCGAUACCGGGCGGCCGCCGGCAACUAAUACACAGACCGCAAAAGACCGACACAAUUCUCGGCACCUCACUCCGCGAUGAGCUCCUCGAGGCACUCCCAUCAACGCACAAUGACACAUUUGAGAAUGGCACCCCGAUCUACGUACAAAGCCCCGGGCUCAUGGGAAACUCGCUUGCCGCCAUCGGAGCCCGCCAUCAGAUGUGGGAGUCCACUUCGGAUCGGCUCUCCUCGUCUUCAGACUCAUGCGGCGGCCCGGUGGUGAGCUUCGGACAGGCUCUAAGAUCUGCGAUGGAGACGAGAGACGAUCCUGAGUCGCUUGGCACAUCGAGUCAGGAUCUUGCCGAUGUGGAUGAGCAGGAUGUAGCGGAUUCCUCGCGAAAAUCGUCGGUUUCUGCGGAAACCGCCGAGAAAUUGUGCACGAUACCCAGGGAGAAGGGUCUCGACGCGCAGGAUUUUCGGUGUGCCAUGUGUCGGAAAACGAUUGGUGGAAGCACGUUUUCCAAGUUUGAAACCUGCGCCAUCGACAGCAAAUACUACUGCACAGAAUGUAUGAAGUCCGGCGGAAAAGUCUCGAUUCCGGCCCGCGUCGUAAUGGACUGGGAUUGGCGGGAACGGGCCGUCUCGGACCGAGGACGUGCCUGGUAUGAGGCGAAUCAGGAGAAGGCGCUGAUCAAUAUCAAGACAACAAAUAGCCGACUGUAUGCACAUGCUCCGGCUCUCGAAGAGACUCGGAAGCUUCGCGAGAAGCUUCAGCUCGUCUCAAUGUACCUAUUCACGUGCCGGGAAUCUGUGUCAGAGGACUUUCGGCGUCGAUUGUGGCCUAAAGAGUAUUUGAGAUCGGAAAUUGACGUGUAUUCCUUUGCUGACUUGAUUGAUGUGAAGAGUGGAGCACUGCAGAGACGAUUGAAUAGUCUCUUGAAGCACUCGAUCAAUCAUGUCAUGACAUGCACAUUGUGCAAGCAGAAAGGCUUCUGUUGUGAGCUGUGCACUGUCAAUGAGGUCAUUUAUCCGUUUAAUACGGAAUCCACGCAUAGGUGCCUCGUAUGCUUUUCGGCGUUCCACGUGGAAUGCUGGCGAACGUCUGGCGACUGCCCGAAAUGUGUCCGCCGCCAGAAUUUUGAGACUCGCCGAGCACAAGUCGACGAUCCACAUAACACACUGCUCGUUCUUCAGCCAUAAUUCUUCAUAUAUUUAAUUUUUUUUGUUAAAGUUUUUUUUGUUGCUCAUAUUGAGCUCCUCCCCCUGUAUCUUUUUUUGUGAUAACUCGUUUUUUUCGGCUUUUUUUCUUCGUGUACUUUCAUGUGUCUAACCGCUUUUUUUGUUGUACACAUCAUUUUUCUCACGUUUUGUGACAAAAUAAACUGCUUCGAUUU